AUGAGCGCUGGGACAGUUGUUGAUGACGUCGAGAAGGCGACACAGUUUGUACUAAACACACUCGACCACAAUGGAGCAUCGGAACUUACAACACUUCAAGUUGCCAAGGAGCUCAAUAUCGAUCACCAGGCUGUUGUAGGUGCUAUUAAGAGUCUUCUUACUCAUGAAGGGAUAAUACUAACCACUGAUGCUACUGAGAAAAGCGUGAAGCUAACCACUGAAGGCAGUGAAAUGGUUGCAAACGGUUCGGCUGAAUACCGUGUAUAUGAGCUAAUAGGUACCGAUGGAGCAUUACAAGCAGAAAUCAUGAAAUUGCCGUUUGGAAAAGUUGGUGUGAACAAGGCGUUAGCUGCUGGAUGGAUAAGUAUCGACAAAAGCGGUGGAACAGUUCGAUUGUUGAGAAAAUCCAAUGAUGUAGUAGAUACAGUUCGUGCUCAACUUGAAGCCUUAAAUAUUGGAGUUGAUGUCGACGGGAAAGCAGUUAGUGAGCUGAAGAAACGAAAACUAGUCUCAGAAGUUAUAACAAAGUAUAUUAUUGUCAAGAAAGGGCCCAAUUUUACUACAUCCAUAAGUAAACCUGAGGUGGACCUCACGCCAGAGAUGAUUGCCACGGGAUCAUGGAAAACUAAGACUUUCAAGCAAUAUAAUUUUAAUGCGCUCGGUGUUCAACCUCCGUGUGGACAUUUGCAUCCUUUAAUGAAGGUGCGUUCGGAGUUCCGUCAAAUCUUCUUUUCCAUGGGAUUCACAGAAAUGCCAACAAAUCGAUAUGUGGAAAGUUCUUUCUGGAAUUUUGAUGCACUCUUCCAACCUCAGCAGCACCCUGCCAGAGAUGCGCAUGAUACCUUCUUUGUUUCAGAACCGGCUCUUAGCACAAAAUUUCCCAUGGAUUACUUAGAACGGGUUAAAACGGUGCACUCCAAAGGCGGAUACGGAUCCGUUGGGUACAAUUAUGACUGGAAGAUCGAAGAAGCCCAAAAAAAUGUUUUGCGAACGCAUACAACAGCUGUUUCUGCUCGCCAGCUAUAUAAAUUAGCACAGGAAGGUUUCAAACCAACAAAGAUGUUCUCGAUCGACCGAGUAUUCCGAAACGAGACACUGGACGCAACACAUUUAGCUGAGUUCCAUCAGGUGGAGGGAGUGAUUGCCGAGCGAAAAUUAUCCCUAGCGCACCUUAUUGGAAUAUUCACAGAGUUCUUCAAGAAACUUGGUAUUGAAAACCUCCGCUUCAAACCAACAUAUAAUCCGUACACGGAGCCUUCUAUGGAGAUUUUCGCAUAUCACGAGGGACUAAAGAAGUGGGUUGAGAUAGGCAAUUCUGGAAUGUUCCGGCCGGAAAUGUUGUUACCAAUGGGAUUACCACCAGACGUCAAUGUGGCCGGAUAUGGUCUUUCUUUAGAAAGGCCAACGAUGAUCCGAUACGGUAUCGACAAUAUACGUGACAUGUUCGGACCGAAGGUAAAUCUGGAAAUGAUCUACAAUGGUCCCAUAUGUCGACUGGAUAAAAAAAGUUAA